AACCGUCACCUCACGUCAAAAAUAAUGUCAAAAUUGACAAAAGUUCCUCUGUUUAUUUUGACCUAGAUUAUUUUAUUCCUUCAAAAAAGGACAUAUAUAGUGCAAUAUAUUUGAAUUCCCACUAUCGUCAGACCUUUAAAAUGCACAAUUUCCGAAAAGUUUCAGACAUUGGCAUAAAACGAGCAAAACAUCUGUUAAGGCAGAAUCUAAGUCAGAAUAAAUGGAGAUGUAUGUCGCAAAUGGAAACUCCGCCAGAGGAAAAGAUCGUACCACAAUUUUCUAUUCCGAAAGGAAUCGUAGGUCAGCCGACAUACCACACGCAUCCACAUAUGAUACCAAAGGGUCAUUUGACCUGUGGGAUCACUCAAAUGGAGUAUAAGGAGAGACGGGACACUUUAGUCAACAAAUUGAUUGCAGAAGUGGAUAACAUUCAUAAGAAUCAUGUUAUUGUAAUCCCGGCAGCCCGCAAGCAAUACAUGUCUGAUAAGAUCCCAUAUGUGUUCCGACAGAAUUCAGACUUCUUUUACUUAACAGGAUGUUUGGAACCAUCUGCUAUACUGGUUUUAGUGAAACCAGCACAAACUGAUAGUUACAAGAGUGUACUAUUUGUGCAUGAGAAAGAUGCCCAUGCGGAGCUGUGGGAAGGUCCUCGCAGCGGCUGCAGUGUCUCCACACAGCUGUUCAGUGUGGAUGAGGCAAGACCAGUUGAAGGUUUCAAUCAGUAUUUAACAAAAAUGACAUCAUUAUCAAAGCCUGGUAUCUUGUGGUACCACAAUGACAAUCCUGCCAACCUCGAUAUUCAUGAUGACAUCCGUUCUGUCCUGCGUCAUGGUCAAAUUGCACUAGAAGAUCCGCAGAAGGCGCUGCAUCAAAUGAGAGUGAUCAAGUCACCCGCUGAAAUUGAACUGAUGAAGGAAGCAUGUUAUAUUGGUUCACAGUCAGUUAACAUGGCUAUGGCUUGCACUAAACCUGGUAUAUCUGAGCGCACCGUGGACGCGGUGCUGGAGUACACGUGCCGGCAGGCGGGCGCGGAGCACGCCGCCUUCCCGCCCGUAGUGGCGGGGGGGGCGCGCGCCAUACACAUACACUACGUCGCCAACAACCAGCUGCUGCACAAUGAUGAGAUGCUGCUUGUUGACUCAGGAUGUCAGCGAUGGAUGUACAACUCUGAUAUAUCAAGGACGUGGCCUGUUUCUGGGAAAUUCUCAAAAUAUCACAGGAUUUUGUACGAGCUGGUACUUACUGUGCAGAAACGUUUAAUAGAAUUAGUUGGGGAGCAACGACCUCCACUAGACCAGCUCUUCGACCAGAUGUGCCGGCUGCUCGGCACACAUCUGCAGCAGGAGGGCAUCCUGCCGAAGAAUAUUGAUGGCAAUGAUCUUAUUGGUCGCGCGUACCGUCUGUGCCCGCACCACGUGUCGCACUACCUCGGCCUGGACGUACACGACGCGCCGCUCGUGCGACGCCGCGUGCCAGUCACUAGCGGCAUGCUCGUCACUGUUGAACCUGGUCUUUAUAUAGCUCCAAAUGAUACAUCAGUGCCUGAAGAGUUCCGAGGUAUCGGCAUCAGAGUAGAAGACGAUGUUCUGAUAACUGACGGAGAGCCGGUUGUACUGACCGAGGCUUGUGUCAAGGAAAUUGAUGAUAUAGAGGCUAUAGUCGGGAAACAUAGCCUUUGAAAUCACUAACACUAAAUAAAUCACUAACCUCUAUACAUGGACAGGCUAGAUACGUUGUAAUUUCGUGCCUAUUUGGUUUCCGCCAUUUUGACGCUGAUGGUUGCGGUGGUGGUGGCGAGAAUUCGAACUAAUAUUAUUGUUGGAAGUAACUGCCAGUAACAUCAAAAGGAUCGUUAAAGUUGGAACGAAACAAUUGUCUUUUUCAAGGAACGACCUAUCCAUUUAUAGAGGUUCGUGCUUUUUAAAUAAACUAGC